CGUUCCGAGGCCGCAGCAGCCGCCGUCCCGGAGCCGGUGUGGGUGGGAGGGGCGGCUUGUAAGGAGAACUGCCACCCGCUGAUUCCCACCCCCACCCUCCUCCGUGGCAGCCUCCUCCACGUCGUGCGUGUCGCCCUCGUUCAGCGCCCCGGCAGGGCGGCCCUGCCCCACCGCCAGGGGGGUUUAAGAAGGCUAAAACUUCACUGGAACUGCAACAAGGAUGGACAGUUACUUUAAAGCUGCAGUCUGUGCCUUGGACACAUUACUUGAUGAAUUUGAACAGAGUACAACAGAUGAAUAUGAUUGCUACAGAACACCUCAAAAUUCAUAUGACUCAAAACACCAUUCGCUUUCUUCAGUUCUGGAUUGCUUGCAAUGCGUAUACCCAACACCAAAACGACAAGAGGAUGCUAAUAGCUGCACUUCAUCAGAAGAAAUCUGUCUGUCUAGCCACACUGGAACAAGUGAAGCACUUCCAAGUUACUCACAGCAAAAUGAGAAGGGUGUUGCUGGACCUGAUCUUUUGUCCACUGUGGACAGUGGUUCCUUAAAUGAAAUUCAGGCUUCAAAUCUAGGGAGGUGUAGUGUACCUGUGUGUGAUCUUGUUAAUGACACAGGUAACUUGAUCCAUUCAGCAGCUGCUCGUGAAGAUGCUCAAAAGUUGCAGCCAGAUGACUUCCAGUACAGAGAAGGUUUGAUUGGCACAUCUUGCAUACCUGUUCAUACCUGUGUGUCAUCAACUGGAUGUAGCAGUGUGUCAAGUACAGAGCAGAGUGAUGGAGACUCAAUGCUACAAGACUUGGGACAUCUUAAACCAGAGACUAAUGAUUUAGCUUCAAAAUUGAACAGUUACACUACAACAGAUAUCUCAGGUCCAUGUGAUGAUCAACAUAGGGCAGAGUUGGUGAAGUGCAGUGGAGAGUUUGAUCAGUGUGAACGAACUGCUGAUGUUAAUACUCCAUGUGAUGCUGUAACAUCACAAAAUUUGGAUGUGUACAGUCCCAAAGAUGAGAAAGCAUGCAAAGAAUUGCCUUGUGAACCACAAGAUGAAAAUGAAUGCUCUACUGUAAGCAAAGAGAUGCAUGGAAGAAAUGCUGUAGAAAAGGUAGACUCAAAAAAUAAGAACAACAUUGAAUCCAUGCCUUCGGAUCUGACAAAGAGGCUUCAGUUGCAUGAAAGCCAUACAGUAUUACCUGGAAAUAGUGUUUUACUAGGCUACUCAUGUCAAACAGAAGCUAAAGUAGAACUGGAAAAGAAAAUCACAGAAGGGAAUGUAGAGAGUGUAGAUAGUAAAGAACUUCAUAGCAGUGAAAUACUGAACACUGUUUCAAGUUCAGUGAAGGAUGUCCAGGCCUCACUGUCAUGCCUUCCACUUCCUGCAUCUCUGUGUGGUUCAUUAAUUGCAACAGAAGAAAAGGUUAAUCUUCUACCUCAAAAAGAAAUGUCAGAGGUUCUUAGUAAUAUUUUAACUGUUCAUACUGGAAAAUCUAGCACUGAUCUCUCUAGCGGGGAAUCCUGUGAAAACACUAACUUCCAUGAAGAGGAAGUAUAUGCAGCUGAAGUUGAUGGAAGUGAGGUGGAAAAAAGCAAAGAUGGAGAGAAGUAUGAUACAGAGGAUGUCAUUGAUGACAGUGAUUCGCAACAAAUCAAAGCUUUUGUUUCUGGUUUUCUGGAAUGUGAAGCUGAGCCAUAUGGUGUUGAUAUAGCCUCUGAUGGCUAUGGAAUUAUGUCUGACUUGAUUGUUGAGAAUGUCAUUAAAAGCGAUACUCUAAUAACAGAUGCUGAGCUCGAUGCUUUCUUGUAUGGGUCAGGUCUUCAGCCCAGUGUGCUAAAAUCUUCAGACAAUGAUAGUCUCUCAGUGGAAGUCGAUGUAGAUGAAGGAUAUCUAGCAAAUGUGAACAACCUAGAUAUCACAGAGGUCACCGAAGAGCAUAUGCAAGAAAAACUGGACAAGAUAACAAAUAUUAAUAGUAAUCUUCAAGUAUCUCUUUCUGCCAAUGAAUUACACUCUGCGUCAGAAGAGACUGUGUCUCACAUUCAAGACAUGACUGAGAGUGGUAGUGAAGCGCUAGUUUGUAAUGUUCAUGGUGAAGGAGCAAGACCAACACAGUUGCUUGGCCUUUCCCAAGGAGCUGUUGGUCAGAGACAACUGGACAGUGCUGAUGUACUUGAGACAAAAAAACAGGAAGCCGGUUCUCUUACCCCAGAAGCUCCUCUCUCAGACACCAACAUAAAUAUUGUUGGUAAAAAUUCUGACCCUGUGUGUUCUAGGGAAAUCAACUCUCAAGCUGGAGGAAAUCAAACAUUGAAAAAUGCAGCAUCACCUAAAAUACCUGCAACUCUCUCAUGGAAACAACCGUUUUGGGUUCCUGAUUCAGAAGCACCCAACUGCAUGAACUGCCAAGUCAAGUUUACAUUUACAAAAAGACGACACCACUGCCGUGCGUGUGGAAAGGUUUUUUGUGGUGCUUGUUGCAAACGAAAAUGCAAACUACAAUACAUGGAGAAGGAAGCAAGAGUCUGUACUGGCUGCUAUGAUUAUAUUAAAGCACAGGCAUUUGGAAAGGUGAGCUCAACUGAUCCUGACCUCAGUUCCACUACUUCCUGUGAGCCUUCUGCUGAUUCACCUGCAGGGGAAGUCCAGACAUCUGGUACUUCUGCUACACCUUCUUCACCCAUGUUAGUACUUGGACAACCCAAUAUUAAAGAGCUGUCUCCCAGAGAGGAGAGGAGAGUUGAUUUUGUGAAUCCUCUUGCAUGUGAUGAAAUAGAAGAUGCAAGAAGACUUUCACCUAUAGCACAGGGGUUAUCACCAAACGCUGUAAAACCAGAGGCAGAUGAUGCAUCAACUAAUGUAAAUUCAGAACCUGUUGAAGAAGUUAAUCUAGUUACAAGAAUGGCGGAGUUACAUUCUUCUUUCUCUUCACAUGAUGCACGGCAAGCUAUUGCAGGCCGAGCUGAGGUGGCACACAGAUUUACACUUGACACUGUAGAAACUGAAGAGUGUUCUGCUGCAAAAGCUGUGAGCACUAGUUUGAAUUCAGUUCCUCAGGCUGCAGGUGUUACAUUUCCUAGUCCUUCACGUUACAGACAACUCUGUGGUGUUGAAAACUGUGUCAGUCGAGCAGUCAGCCUUUUUCCUGAUGGCGAUCAACUGCCACCACUUCUGCUUGCAGUGAGUGAAAAAGAAAAAGGUCCUCUGGUGGAACAACAGCCGUCUCACCAACAGGUCAUCUGUCUGCUUGCAGAAGGCAAUCCUUAUCCAGUAACUUUUAUCCUAAAUGCAAACUUGCUUGUAAAUGUCAAGCUAAUGACUUAUUGUUCCAAAAAAUGCUGGUACUUCUCAACAACUGGAUUGCAUGGUUUGGGUCAGGCGGAAAUUAUCAUUCUGUUGCAGCAUUUACCAGAAGAAGAAAUCUUUCCAGCUGAAAUGUUGAAAUUAUUUAUUGACAUCUAUAAGGAUGCAGAGAAUGGAAAGUUAAUAAAAAACAUGGGAUAUAUUACUUUUACUGGAAAGUUCCUUGGUACAGAAGACUUGGGAGGAUUCCUGUUUGUUUCACCAACCUACCAGAAACUUGAUGAUCAGAUUCUACCAGAUAAACCCUAUCUUUGUGGCAUUCUCAUCCACAAGGUGGAAAUACCCUCGGUGAAAGCUUUUCCAAGCCGUUUAAUGUCUAGCUUGGGAGCAGAAUCUGGGGAAUAUCCAAUGCCUCUACUAAGUGUUAGAGGGAGGAAGCCAAUCUUUACAGAGAUCGGAUGCAGAAUUUUGCAAAUACUCACUGACUUCAAAAAUGAUGGAUAUACUGUGGAUAUCAUACACAGCCUAUUUAUUCAUUUGGAAAAUGAUAGAUGCUGUAUUAAAAUACCCCUAAGGAGGUAUAAUGAGGUGAUGAAGGUGAUAGAUUCUUCUGAUGAAUAUGUGAUUAUUAUUGGAACGAACCCUAGUAAUGAGGCAGAUUCUUUCUUAGUGUGUGUGCAGGAUGAAGAUGGCCUCUAUCAGAGUAAAACAGUCAGUGUUACUGGAUGUCCUAGGAGAGUCACCAGUGCAAGUUUUGUGGUGUUCAAAGAAGCAACUGCAGCUAAAUAUGCUGUAAUUGAAGAUGGAAUAAUAGUACAUGUUACAACAGAAACCUUGCAAAACCUAUGUAAGGCAUUAAGAAGCAAGAAGGACUAUAAAAUAAUUUGUCCCAAAAUGGAUACAGGCGAAGUAGAAAAAUGUGUAGAUAUUUGCUGGGUAGAAGAUGAAGACCAAACAAUCAAAGGAAUUUUAAGCCCUGUGGAUGGACUACCAAUGGAAGGAACUCUGAGUGAAAAAAUGUUCCACAAGAGAAACUUUGAAGGGACAGGGAAAGCUCUGAACUGUACCAAAGUAUACUAUUUUGUGAACAACUAUGAACUGACCAAUCCUGUUCUUCCUGUGUUUGCUGAUGAGGUUGCUUCAGGCACCAUUGCUGCUCUUUGCCCACACAUUAGAAGCUUGAAAAAUAGUGGGAUGAAUAAGAUAGGUGUAAGAGUUUCUGUUGCCACAGAUACGGUUGAGUACACUGCUGGAUCUGAAUAUUGUCUUCUUCCACAGAACUAUCUAAACGAAUUGGACAGUACUCUGGUCCCUGUGAUUCAUAGCAGGAUGUUACAUCCUGGAAGUCUACCACUGAAACUGGAAUUACUAUUUUUCAUUGUUGAACAUCUACAUUGAGGCUGAUUACAGAAAAGAUACUGAUUUGCUAUAUCUGAACACCAAAGUUUUGAUGCUACACACACUGAAAGUGUUAAAGUUUCUAAACCUAUUAUGUUUCAAUAGAUUUUUCAAACUGUUUUUCAAAACCCUUAAAUCCCCUCUGGUUAUCUUGCCACAAAUGAAUUGUAGUUUGUAAUGUUUCCUGAAGUUCUGAAAGUUUACACUUGAUACAGGUGCAAAAGAGGGCAGGUUUUUGUUUACCUCUUUACAUAGUUGUAGCAUUUAUUACAUUACAUAACUUUAAGCCAUACUAUCUUGCCUCUUAACCUGAGAUAAAUGUAUUACUAAAAUCUGCUGCAGCUACAUGUGAUCUCUGCAGCAUGUUAAGUAGAAACCGGCACAAAAUUACUUUCCUGCCGUGUAAGAUCUAUAGCUGACUGCAGGUUUCUAGUCAGCAUGAGGAAGACUUGGGUAGGUCUUCAUCUUCUAUAUGAAGGCCUUAAUGGUAGGAUUCAGUGCUGGUGCUUCAAGAAUAUAUGCUCUGAAUUAGUUCUUCUACAGAAUAACUGAUUUUUGUUGUAUUUAUCUAACUUAAAUGGAUGCUAAUUUUGUAAAUACUCCUUUUUCUUUCUCUUUACUCUCUGCUUGGAAGUCCACAUACAAUUUGACCUUUCAAGGAUCAACAUAAAACCAGAUUACCCUUGAUGUAAUCUACAUUUAGCAAUAAGUCAGACAAGAAUUCUGCAAUAUCUUUCCUGCUCAUGCCUUCAGUUUUUGCCAUCUCCUCGGGGCCACCUUUCCUUUCAGGGAGAAUUGAUGUAUGAAGUGUGAAUUUUCAUUAGCAGAUCGAUUUUUUUUGGUAUACCAGAGGUUCUUCUAUAGUAUUUUUUAUAUUGGGUCAUUAAGAUCUAUUUAUGUAUUUGUGAGACAUCCUAUUUGUAUUGAGUCCAGCAAACUACAGUUUGGGUUUGGUGACUGUCACACCACUGUCACACAUCAAGAACAGAAACAAAACUAAAUAUAUACAAGAUCUGUAUAGUUUUCAUUAAAAAUGCUGGUACAGUUUUAUAGUAAGACUAUUAAAAUUUCGAUGCCUUCAUAAUGCUAAUAGGGGAUAUUUUGUGUUUUCGUAUCAAAAACAGUUUGUUACUUAAUCUGUUUUGCUGUAAUCUACGCUUCAAAAUACUGUUUCUAGAAGGGUUCAGGCUUCACGUCUCGUCCCAGGGAAAACUGAGCCUGCAUUUGAAGUAAUUAAUGUAACGAGAGAAACUGCAGUCAGGGGAAGAGCUUACUUAAGUCCAUACCAUCUGCAGCGUGAGCAAAACCCGUCCUUGCUUGAAAUCAAACUGCCACGGGACAGUGGAGCAAACAAGGGAACGUCUGACCCUGCCCCUUAGCCUGUACCAUUUCUAAGUAACGGUCAAUAAAAGUUAACCAAGCGGCA